GCGAGUGUCCGGAGUGAAAGUCUGUGGACUGCUCACAUAAGGAGACAUGAAUAGUCACGUUAAACAUAGAAACGCCAAUUACUUCUAACAUUUUUUUACGCAACAUGUCGCUCCAGCAGCCGACUGAGGAAGCGACGGGGGAGAGGAGCGCUUUCUUUAUAGGCGCCGAAAAGGACGACAUCCACGGGCAGGAGGAGGACCACCAUCAGCUCAUUCUGCUAAAAGCCAACGCUUUGGCCUCAGAAGACUCCCUCAAAGAGGCCAUCUACUGGUUCUCGGUGGCCUUUCGUUACAAGUCCAUGAGACCCGAACAGCUAAGCACUUUUGUGGACUGUAUAGUGCGGAAUCUUAAGAAAAAGGCAGCCUCCGGCUCGGAUUCGCCGUCGAAGCGGGAAUCCGAGGAGCACAAGAGCCAGUGGGACAAAGUAUUUGAUUGCCCUAACUGUCAUAGUUUUUUAGGGGAACCAGUGACCCUAGCGUGUGGACACUCAUUUUGCAAGAGAUGUUUGCAACGAGAUUUGCUCUCUAAGUGCAAGUUGUGCCACGAAGUGGUAAGACUCGAAGGAAAGCCUAAUGUGAUUCUGUGCGGACUUUUGGAGAAAUGGUUCCCCAGCGAUGUGAAACGGUCUAAAAACCUAAGCGAAGUAGACGAACUGUGUAUGUGUAAACGCUACGACGAUGCGGUGAAAAAAGCAAGCAAUAUCAUCCAAGCAGAGCCUGAAACAACAGUGGAGGUGCGACUUUCACGGGCAGAGGCAUACACAUCUCUCAACCAGUUUGAUCUCGCUUUGGAAGACAUUGAGUUUUGUCUUGCAUCUAGGUGUUCUGCUGAGGCUUUUUUUAGGAAAGCUAUGGUGCUGCACAAAAUGGGCGAAGUGGAUGAGUCUCUACAAGUCUUCCUCAACUGCCUUGCUGUGGAUGAAGAUUUCCCUUGUGCAAAAAGACAAGUGGAAAAGAUUAUGUGUGACCUGCUCUCUUCGGCGAACGACAACAUCAAGAUCGGCCUUAGGGAAACGGCGCAAAACACGUCGCCCCACUUGCGCAGCAAAACCCUUGUGACCGGUGCCCAAGUCAGAUCACAUAGUCCAGUCCAAAGACAAAGUCAACACCAGGUCCGCGCUGUGUCGGCACAUCAGCGAACGGAAAAGCAGGAGAAACGUUGGGAGAGUCUUGAACGUCCCGGCCUGAAUAGAGCUCAUUCCCUGCGAUGUCACAGCGCCGAUUUUGGCGAGCAAGGUCUGAAGAGAGUCUGCUCCGCCCCUCAGCUUGGGGACCAGGAAAAGGCGAGCCUGCUGAAGAGGAAGUUGUCUGUUUCUGACAUUGAGACUUGCAUUGUGGCCAGUGGAAGUAGCAAGCAUAAAAAGCAAGGUGUGAAUAAUAUCAAAAAAACAGCAGCCAAAGCUAACACUUGCAGACCUAUUCUUGAGGAGCUCAUUGACGCCAAUGACUUUGAGUGUUCUCUUUGUAUGAGGUUAUUUUACGAGCCUGUGACGACGCCGUGCGGCCACACAUUUUGUAAAAGUUGUCUUGAGCGAUGCUUGGACCACACGCCACAUUGUCCCCUGUGCAAACAGAGCCUAAAAGAGUAUUUAGCAUCUAGGAAGUACACUGUGACAAGCACGCUGGAUGCGCUAAUCAAACAGUAUUUGGGUCAGGAGUAUAAGGAGCGGUCCAAAACACAUUCGGAUGAGACCAAAGAGCUUUCUGACUUGACAAAGAAUGUGCCUAUCUUUGUGUGUACCAUGGCCUACCCCACCGUGCCUUGCCCACUGCAUGUAUUCGAGCCACGUUACCGCCUCAUGAUCCGCCGCUGCAUGGACACGGGCACGCGGCAAUUCGGGAUGUGUAUUAGUGAUCCUCAGAAAGGGUUUGUAGACUAUGGUUGUAUGCUCAUCAUCCGGAGUGUGCACUUCCUGCCUGAUGGUAGAUCAGUGGUGGACACCAUCGGGGGAAAGCGUUUCCGAGUCGUGUCCCGAGGAAUGAGGGAUGGUUAUAGUAUUGCUGACAUUGAGCUUUUGGAAGACACUCGGGUGGAGGACAGAGAAGAGCUUGACAGUUUACAAGAACUCCAUGAUGCUGUGUACAAUCAGGCCUGUGACUGGUUUCAGAACCUCAAGCUCCGCUUCCACAACCAGAUCCUGCAACACUUUGGACCAAUGCCCGAGCGAGAAGCUGAUAUCCAGGCGACUCCUAAUGGUCCCGCAUGCUGCUGGUGGCUCCUUGCUGUGCUUCCCAUCGAUCCGCGCUACCAGCUGUCAGUCCUCUCCAUGACCAGCCUCAAAGAACGCCUGGUGAAGAUCCAGCACAUUCUCACUUAUUUGCAGAGCAUCCCCAACAACUGAGAGCUUUCUCAUUUCACCACUACCGCACCUUGGACUCUUUAAUGCGCGCCACCCGAGCCUUCCUCUCAUAGCUAAGAACACGCUGUGCUAAAAACAUUGUUGAACUUUGAGAGAUGUGGCCAAACUGCCUCAGGGAUUCUUCUGGUGACACACAUACUUUUAUUUGUUGCGUCAAACAUGAAUCACAAGUGGCGUUUGCCGUUCAAGAAUUUACAAAUGAACUUCCAGGUGCACCGUGUCGUUGGCAGUGAAGUCGAUAUCACUGAGAUGGAUUGAGGACAUUGGUUUUGGGUUAUGGCCUAUAUGUUGAAAAAAGGGCAAAAGUAAGGUGGAUGUGAUGAGAGGCAAAUCCAGAAUGCUGCUUUAAAAAAAAGUAGAAGAGGACAAAAGGUCUACAGUACUUAAUACUCAAGUGCAACCAAUUCAAAAUUGAUGUUCCACUUCCUGUCCUAUUUUGAGAACAGCAAUUACACUUCCCGGUAUUAUUUUUUUCUUCCAUUACUUUUCCUCUUGGCAUCACAUGUUUCCAUGUGGUUAUGCACAAAAACACGCAUGACUUCAAAUUGUCAUUUUAAUGUGUGCUUGUCAUAAUCUUACGCCCACAGUGGAUUAUUAACUACCAAGAUCUUCCAAAAUUUGUCAUGUAGAUUGGGAGUUAUUUAUGUAUACAUAUACUUUUUAGCUACUCCCACUGGAUUAUAAGUAGAAUACGUUCAAAUAUUUAUACAUUCUGACCCUAUGUAUAUGUAGAAAUUGUCAAUUGGGGCUAUUGCAAUAUUUCAUUGAAUCGGUGUGUAUUCAUAAUAAGGCAGACCUUUGUUGUAAUUAUUACUACCGUAUUUUUCGGACUAUGAGUCACACCUGAGUAUAAGUCGCACCAGCCAUAAAAUGCCCAACGAAGAGGAAAAAAACAUAUAAGUCGCAUUUUGGGGGGAAAUUUACUGUAUAAAAUCCAACACAUAGAACAGAUAUGUCAUCUUGAAAGGCAAUUUAAAAUAAAAAUACAAUAGAGUACAACAUGCUGAAUAAGUGUAGAGUAUAAUAAUGUUACAUGAUGCAUGAACAAUGAAAUGCCAGCGUGGUAUGUUAACGUAACAUAGCUAUUAAGAGUUAUUCAGAUAACUAUAGCAUAAAAAACAUGCUAACAAGUUUACCAAACCAUCAGUGUCUCUCCAAAACACCAGAAUAACGUGUGAAAUGAUAUGUGUGAAAUUAUUACCACUUUAUUAUAAGUCGCUCCUGAGUAUAAGUCGCACCCCCAGCCAAACUAUGAGGAAAAAAAAAAAAAAAAAACGGCGACUUAUAGUCUGAAAAAUACGGUAUUCAGUACAGGCCGCUCUCUGUCUGCUUAAAAGGGGAGAACCUGUCGCCUUACACCAUUUGACAUUGUGGUUUGAAAUGACACUAUUCUGUACUUGGUCCACCAUGCUUUCUUGUCAUGUUAUGAUUGUAUUUUUCUGGUUGUCAAAAGCACCAUUUUUCACUGUGUUGGAAAGUUGGUUUUCCAAGUCAUACCGGUUUUAUGUAAAGUAUUUUGCGGGAACCAUCUUGCUUUUUGCUCUUUAUUUUAAGUUAACGAUUUUCAAUUUAAAAAAAAAAAAAAAAUGAAAUUUUGUCGUAUGAAGAGUGAUUUCUUUCUACUUUCUAGUUGUGAUAACACACAAUGAAAAUGCAGAGAAAAAGCUGUGUAAAAACCUUUUUAUUGAUUAGGGGACCAUUGGUUUUAAGUAAAUCUUAAACUGUAAUUUACCUCUAUUUGGAACACCCAUUAACUAAUAAGCUACGACUGACAGCGAUAGACGUGCGAUCCGAUGGCAGAACAAAUGUGAACUGGGCCCAGGUUUGUGUCGGGUGCGAGUGGAGUGGCAGAGAGUCCUACUCCAAGUUACGACGUACCCAACUUAUGCGAUUUUGACUUUACGACGCCAAAGUUUCGUCAGCCAU